AUGGAACAAAAGCUAAUUGAACUUACUUCCUUAUCUAAGAAGGCCCUGUCUUUUGGCGAGACUUUGUGCUCCAAGGCUGACGCUCUUAUAAAAGACUGCAAAACCGAUAUAGACAAUGUGGAAAUAAUAUAUCCCAAACUGCGUUUUCUUUGGUAUGAACUUCAAGUUCAGGCAAAGUCACUUGACAGGUUGAAAGAAUUUGCAAUAAAUCAAACCAAUAGUUUGAAGCUGUAUAAUUCUAACAAGGAGAAGCAAUUGGCUGCUAUUUACGAAGAGCUUGACAAGGUCUUAAAUAGUCUACGCAAUAAAAUUGUAAAUCCCGCGAUACGAAAGAGCGCGUUAACAUUGGAUGACGAAUUGGUGGACAAUCCAGACGCUACGACAAAGGGAAUAGAUGGCGAGCGAACUGAGCGUGAAGAGAAUGAUAAGGUGUCUUUAUAUGAUUACAUUGAUGAGAUUAGCAUGCAAGAGCUGAAGCAUAAAACGCAAGAAGAGGUUGCGAAUAUACAACAAUUCCAAUCAGUCAGCUCCAAUAUUGUCAGUCAAAUUAGCGCCCAUAUUAGCCACUUUCGCACACUUUUCAAUAACUGUCCGAUCGAUCUUGAAGAGUCGAGUAUUGCAUUCAUUCAAGAAAAAUCGUCCAUACAUGAACAAGAAACCAAGGUUAUGGCUGAGAGUUUACUUUCUUUAGCUAGACACGAUGAACAAGUCAGCGCAGCAUUAAAAUCUUGUCAAUCAAAUGCUGAGAUGAGUUUACAUUUAGACAUAUCUGUUCUUGAGAAGGAUACGCGAGAACUGCCAACGGUGAUUGAGGAACUGAAGGAAUCACUUCAAAUUAUAAAGUCAACGAGUGAGGAGAUAAGUGUGCGGAGUCAGGUGUAUAAUGCAUCAUAUAAUGAAACUGUUAAACUAUUUGACGAACUGGAUGCAUUUGGAAAUAAAAUGGAAGAAAUUGUCGCUGCGAUUAAAGCCAAUGAGGCUGACUUUGAGAAAGGACGCAUUAUUGUUGACCGCUUUAUAGACGAACUCUGGAAUCUUAUUGGAUGGUAUGAGGAGUUCUCGAAAUCCUACGAUUACUUAAUUAUCGAGAUUGAUCGGCGUCAUCGCGUGGUAGAGCAGCAUAGUAAAUUGGCGGAUGAGUUCUACGCCAAGUUGGAAAGUCUCUAUCUGGAGGAAACACAGCAGAGGAAUUUAUUCUUUCAGAUGCAUGGACAAUACAUACCAAUGGAUUUAUGUCCUCCAAUCCAAGAGCAGCCAAUAAGAUACGAGAUCAUUCCUCAAACAACCACAAGAUUACCUAUAAUUCCACCAAAGGCAUUGACUGAGGCAAGUUAA